GCAAACUGUCUCAGUACUGUCAGUACUGUUUGACUGAACACAUCAUUCAAGACCAACAGCUGAGAAAAGAAAUCCCGUUUCGAGAUUUUGAUUUAAGGAGUGUCUACAAACAGUAUGGCUCUUUGUUUCCCGAACUUUGCUCUAGUUAUUUGUCUCUCACUUCUGAUGCAAGAAUGCUUCGUUCAAGUGCAAAUGGGGAAAGUUCCUGGAAACAAGCGAAAUAAUGUAAAUGGGUCUCACAAUAAGAAACAUGGUCAUAGUAAAGACAAACAGAGCGAUAAAGUAACUCAAGAAAAAGAUCAUAAAAAGCCAGACAAUCCUAACGAAUACCAGUGGGUCUGGUUGAAUGAUGACAUGGAUGACCUACGUCUACAACCACAAAAGCAGCAAACUUCGAGUAGAAGAGGAUGGAUAAACAGUGUUUUCAAAGCAGUUAAAUUUGGCGGGAAGGUUGCAACAGUCACGACUUCAAUAGCAGGUCUUGCCAACUCCAUUUUUCGCGCCAUUGCCGGUUGCUGCACGGAUUUUCCCGACGCUUGCACAUAUCGAGAUGAAUUUCUUGCCCUGAAAAAUAAGAUAGCCCAGAAAAGUCAACGAGCGGAUGAACUAGAAGAAGACGCUCAGAACAUUCAAGUCUACACCAACUACAGCAUCAAUGCAUUCGAGGAUAUCAUAGAUCAGCUAAACGAAAUUGAAAAUACUCAAGAAGAAUUUCUCAGUAGUAUUUCACCAGAGGUUUCUAUUGCACUGAAUACCGAGACAAGUAGGAUAAAGAAAAUUAUCAAAGAAAAGAACGAGAAAGGGGAAGCCGUUCAAUUUUUAGAAAUAUCCAGCUUGUAUGAAUCAGCCUUGGAUAAUGCGCUGUCCAUAGGUUUUCCAAUAGUGGGCCUGGUUAUUCCUUUUGGCCAGACUAUCUAUAAGUUUGCUGUGAAGAAAAAGGCGGCUUCGAUGACAGCUACAGUUGAAUCAGAGACCUCGGUAAAGCUCGAAGAUCCAAAGAUAUCCAGUCCACAUCACAAGCAAGGCAGAACGAGUCGGUGGAUGUCACGAGGAGUCACUCAUUACCAAGCAAGAGUAAAAAACAUAAAACAAAAGCUAAAUCAAAAGUUUGGCAAAGCAGUCAAUAUUGCAUCCAAUGUCUAUAGUGGAUUCAAAGUUGCACUCGAUUAUGUUAGCACAGGGCUAAACAUAUACAUGAUCAUUUCAAGCUACGAGUCCUGCAAACAGAGGAGGGAUGAAGCAAAGAAGGCAAGAGAUGAACUCUUAGAAGCUUCGAAGUAUUUUGAUGAAACAGAAGUCAAGCUGAACGAAGCAAAAUCAAUCAUGCAACAAUCAUUUAGGUUUUUGAGAGGAAACAUAACACACGAAAGUACACUUGGAGUGAUAGAAAACAUCAAGACAAUGGUGGAAGGAAUAUCGUCUCCAAGUCCAGAACUGAUUCAAGUAGCUAUUGAUCUUCAGACGUUUGUUGUUGACAUCAAAGAAGUUGGAUCUCUAAAAGGAACAUACAGACUAGAGGAAAACCUGAUCGAUGCAUUGAGAAAAAUCCCCUUCACUGUUAAGUGCUACACAAACAAGGUCAAGAUGGUCAAGUAUGUUAUGGACUCUUGUAAAGAAGGGAUAUCGUCAUUUGACGAUCUCUACGAUAAGGGAAAAGCUCUUUUUGACUUUGGCGAUGAUAAGACCUCUGACAGUGCUGAGAAUUGUGCAAGAAAGAUAGGAUUCCGAUACAUUAACAAAAAAGACUUAAGCAUGGGUUGGAAGGAAGUGGCAAAAAAAGGAAAUUUCCAUGAAUUAUGUUUGCUGAAUGACAAGACAAAGCAAGAGACGGCAUGUGGACACCUCAGAGAUGGAUACGAUACUAAAGUCAUCGCGGAGAAAAUGAAAAUAACCGAGGACGACGCCAAAGCACUGACCAAAGACUGUCCUGCAACUCUAGAGCUUAGUCCCAGAGAAAAGGAGCAGGUCUGUAACUUGAAAGACGUCUUCGACAACCAAAAGGUGGCAAAAUUACUAGAACAUGAUAUUAAACUCGUAGAAGCUACCAAAUGCUGAAAAGGUCAGGUUUAGCAUACUACGGGCAACCACUAAUCAAGACAUAAUGCGAGAGUCGUUCAGCUGAUGUUCACCCCUCCCUCUCCCCCUUGAAGAAUUUGUAUGCAUUUCAUCUUCCAUAAUACAGCGUUUGGUGAAGAGACUUUGCAAGUAGUCUAAAACGAAAUUAGUAUUAUUAUUUGUUCCAGUAUCAAGGGAUAUGAAUAAACCAUAUUUUAAAAAGG